AUGUCGCUCUCCCGCUUCUGGUACGAGCCCGUCUUCACCCCCUCUGACUUCGACCGUCUCUUCGAUGAGGCUUUCAACGCGCGAACGGGCAACGGCAACACCGGUGGCGAUCUCCAGCGCUCGCGCGGCACAUCUGGUCCCCUUCGCCCAAGGAUGGACCUGCACGAAAACAAAGACUCCAACACCAUCACCGCAACGUUCGAGCUUCCGGGCCUUAAGAAGGAGGACGUGAGCAUCGACGUGCACAACAACCGGCUGACCGUCUCGGGCGAGAGCAAGAUCUCGAGCGAACACGACGAGAACGGGUACGCGGUGCGCGAGCGGCGGUUCGGCAAGUUCUCGCGCUCGCUACAGCUCCCGCAAGGUAUCAAGGACGGCGACAUCAAAGCGUCGAUGGAGAACGGUGUCCUGACGGUCACGUUCCCCAAGUCCUCGCCUGAAGCCGCGCCGAAGAAGAUCAGCAUUGCAUAA